GAGUGUCUUUCAAACCAUCUUUUCCAUAGGUUUUAUUUAUGCCGUAAAACAUCGACAGGUUAUGGAAAUUCAGCACCGGAUGAAAGAUAGAGGACUUUGUUAAAGUACAAUAAGUUMAUUUGCUAAGCUGAGUCCUUGUGAAGAGACAUGGAGACUGUGUUUGGACUGUUGGUGAUCUUAGCAGGAGUGUCUCAUGGCAUGGAGAGCCCCUGUGAUGCUAGAGAGGAUGGAGCUCAGUGUUAUGGAGCUCUGGGAGGAACUGUCUAUCUCCAGCUGAUCACCAACGCCAGUGGACAUCAGAUUAGAGUUUGGAAGGACCCAACUGGUGCUAAAACAGAGAUACUCACAAUGAGAGGAAACAUAUCGAUAACGAAAGAGCCUAUUAAAGGCAGGUCAGAGUUCUUUAUAAACAAGGGGAUAUUCAGGAUAGAUAACACAGUAAGGAAUGAUUCUGAUAAAUACUGUGCUGAAACAUUUAAUUCAAAUGGAACAUUAUUGGGCACAAGAAGACUACAACUGUUCAUUGAAGCCCCUGUGACUAAGGCUAAGCUGUCCUCUAAGUGUCUGUCCCAUGGAGAGAUGAGGGUAUCCUGCUCCUCUGAGGGGGACAGUCCCCAGUACAGCUGGACUCUGGAUGGACACCCACUGAACAACAAUGACAACUCUUUUGAUGAGAAGACAAACKCCAUCACACUGCAGAAAGGCCUGUCUGGGGAUCUCAACUGCACCAUCAGAAACAAUAUCAGCAGUGUUACUGUCAGCAGGGUAAUCUUACCUUGUCCAGAGAUCAUAGGGACGGUAGCAGGGUCUCUGGCAGGCAUAGUCCUUGUCCUAGUGAUGGCGUUGGUAGUUUACUGUGUCCAGAAGAAAAAUAAACCUCCAAAGUCUUCAGCUAAGGAUGACAGCCAGGAGGUGGAAUAUGUUGAUGUCAGGAUACAAAAGAAGCAGAAGAGACCGAAUGAGAGGGAGGCGCUGGUGGAGUUGGAGUACGGACAGGCGAAAGGUGCGGGGGGUCCCCAGCAGACGAUGGAGGUGGAGUAUGGACAGUUUAAAAUAUUACAGGGUCCCCGGUGGAAGGUAAACACACCUGAGGAGGAGGACUGUGUGUACGCCAGGGUACAGAAAGGCCAGGGAGAAAGAGACAUGMAGGCUCUGUUUGGACUGUUGGUGAUGUUAGCAGCAGUGUCUCRUGGCAUGGAGACCCCCUGUGAUGCUACACUGGAUGGAGCUCAGUGUUAUGGAGCUCUGGGAGGAACUGUCUUUCUCCAGCUGAUAAACGUUGCCAGUGGAGUCCCUGACAUAUUAUUAAAAACCGAAUCCAAUGAUGCUGCUAAAAUGAUGCUCAAAGUUAGAAACAAACCCUCAGAAAUAGUGAAAUUCCACAAAUCCAUUGAAACCAGAGCACACUUCUUUAUCAACAACGGGACAUUUAGGAUAGAUAACACAGAAAGGAAUGAUUCUGCUGAAUAUARACUAGAMACAUUUAAUUCAGAUGGGRWAMMAUURGKGACCAGRAKACUACAACUGUUUAUUGAAGCCCCAGUGUCAUCUCCUCAGCUGUCCUCUCAGUGUCUGACCCAUGGAGAGAUGAGGGUGUCCUGCUCCUCUGAGGGGGACRGUCCUCAGUACARCUGGACUCUGGACGGACACACACAUCGAGACACUGACGCCUCCCCUGGUGACAAGACAAACACCAUCACGCUGAAGAGAGGCCAGUCUGGAGAUCUCACCUGCACCGUCAAAAACAACAUCAACAGUGUUACUGUGAGCAAAAUAAUCUCCCCCUGUGAGGGGAUUAUGUAUGUUAACUGCACUUCCAACGGGACAAAGAUAUCAGAGUGGGUGAUUGCCACUGGUAAUACCCUGUGUAUUGAGCUUACAACAGUGGCACACACAACUGUGACAAAUGCCUUCACCAGUAAAACAGAUAAAACAGAGGCAACCAAAGAGAUCAUAGGGAUGGUAGCAGGGUCUCUGGCAGGCGUAGUCCUUGUCCUAGUGAUGGUGUUGGUCGUUUACUGUGUCCAGAAGAAAAAGAAACCUCCAAAGACUUCAGUUAAUGUUGACAGUCAGGAUGUGGAAUACGCGAAUAUCAGGAUACUGAAGAAGCAGAUGAGACAGCAGGAAAGAAAGGUGGAGUACAGACAGGUGAAAAUCACUGGGGCUCCCCAUCAGCCAAUGGAGGUGGAGURUGGACAGAAUAAAACAUUACAGGGUCCCCGGCGGAAGGUAGACACACCUGGGGAGGAGGACUGUGUGUACGCCAGGGUACGCAAAGGCMAUUGAGCAAGGUACUAUCUAGAUUCACUAUGACAGAAGGAGGCUGAUUUGGARGAAAGUACUACGCAGUUUCCAUCUUCAUAUGGACAUAUCAUCCCUAACAGGUAUUGCAUAUCCCAUUGUCACUAGAUUCAGGUUUUCAAAUUUGGUCAUUACUUAAUUUGCAAUAUGUACACCAAGUCUUAAAGAACAACCAAGUUAAAUCAUUUGACGAACUAAGUUCAGACUUCCAUUUGCCAAAGUCAGAUUUCUUUAGCUAUUUACAGCUAAGAGACUAUUUACUGAAACACCCCAAAUGGGUAAUAACAAAGGGUGAGCCCUCUCCCAUAGAAAAAGUAGUAAACAAAUAAAGCUGUACCAAUGUGUUGAUAUCAUGGCACAGCGCAAUACUCUGCAAACUAAGUGCAAGUGGGAAUCUGAACUUGGGGAGAACAUUGAAAAUGAAACUUAGGAGGCAAUACCAUUUUGGGUACUUUCUAACACCAGAAACAAUGGUGAAGAUAAGUAAAGAAAGAACYGGUGAAUACUGGAGAAAAUGUGGGGAAUUGUUCACAAACUAUCCACUUAUUUUGGGGUCUUGUUCUAGAAUGAUGAACUUCUGGAAUUAUGUUUUUGACUUUGUAAACAAUAUAUUUAAAUGCUCCCUGGCAAARGACCCAACGAGUGCUUCACUCAAAAUGCUUAUCUAUUGAUUAUACUCUUGUCUGCAGCAAAUAAAKGUAUUACAGCACAUUGGUUAAAUAAGGACAUUCAUACUAUGAAAAAGUGGAAUUGUAGAGUGAAAUAAAUGUAUUUAAUGGAGAAUAAAAUUACUAACAGAUAURUGUGAAAAAAGAUGUGAACCGCUCCUUGUAAAUAACAUUGUGUAGACUUAAGACUCAUUAGUCUUGAAGCAAACAAACAUGUGAUUGAGAUUACAAAUUUUUGCUUUUCUUUUUUCAAAUUGUAUUUCCUUUCGGGGCUUACGGUGCCUUCAGAACGUUUUCACACCCCUCGACUUUUUCCACAUUGUGUUGUUACAGCCUGAAUUUAAAAUGGAUUAAAAUGAGAUKUUGUGUCACUGGUUUACACACAAUAAUGUCAAAGUGGAAUUAUGUUUUUUUUAAAUGUUUACAAAUUAAU